AUGAAAUCUGGUUGCGUCGAGCGAGCCAUCGUGUCUGCUGGUGGGCCCAAGCUCUCCUGUGACUUUAAGGGGUAUGAUAUCGGAGUGGCAUUCCUGGAGGCGAAGAAACGAUCCUUGGCGACAGAUGCUCCGCCACCGGUCAAGCGCCAGAUGGUCAGGCGCCAGAUGGCCAGUGCCUCAGCCAGUCUUCCGAGCCGGUCUUCGUACCCAAGUUACACCUAUUCAACGUCUCCCCCAACUUAUACGCCCGAGCCGUGGGGCCCCGGCAACACAGUCAUCUUGACGACCACCGUGGAGUCCAUUUCCACGUCGACGUACACCACAGAAAUUGUGGUGGCUAACCUGGGAGGGUCGUCAACCUCGAGCUCUGCAACGCCCAGCGGCUCAUCGAAUCCCUCCACCGAUGGUCGCUGUGGUCCUGACUUUGCAGGAAAGACCUGCCUAGGCACACCUUAUGGCAAUUGCUGUUCCAUCUAUGGAUGGUGUGGCUCAGCAUCCGGCAACUGUGGCUAUUCGGUUUGCAACCCUCUGUAUGGCACAUGCGACCCAGAGCCCCAAGGACCAGCAGUCUCGCAAGAUGGCACCUGCGGCGCGAACGGGCGCACCUGUGCCGGCUCGGCCUUCGGAGGUUGCUGUUCCCAAUACGGCUACUGCGGCGACACAAGCGCGUUCUGCGGCACGGGCUGCCAGACAGCUUUCGGUACUUGUGGUGCAAGUGGUCCACCGGUCUCCACGGACGGCACCUGCAGCGCAGCCAGCAAUCCUGUUGGCGCGACUUGUGCUGCGUCUGGCUUUGGCAAUUGUUGCUCCGAGUACGGCUAUUGUGGAGCCACAAAUGCGUACUGCGGGACCGGAUGUCAGUCGGCGUUUGGUACUUGUGCAUAA